AUUGUGUUUUUUCCAGCUCCAAUACAUGAGAUGGAGAAGCAUUGUAAUAUCGAAAUAGCAGCUCAGAUAUCCCGAGCCUCUUCUACUCAAAACAGUGGAGACAAAGAUUAUUUUCACAUUGAAGGAUUGAUGGAAAGUCCUGCAGUAGAUGACGACGGAGAUUGCUUCUCCCCCUUGUUGCUCAAUGCAACCUCCAUUAACGUUGAAGUCUACUACAACAAAGCUGUCAACUAUACACUGAUGGUCACUUUUGUCUCCUUCCUCCAGGUUCUUUUGUUGAUACGGCAAAUGGAGCACAGUAACACACAAUCUGGUGCUGCAAAGGUCUCCAUUGUAAUGAUCGGGCAGCAAGCCAUCAUGGAUUCUUAUCUAUGCCUUUUACAUCUUACAGCCGGGAUAUUAGUUGAAUCAUUAUUUAACGCGUUUGCAACAGCAGCGUUCUUCAAAUUCGUAGUGUUCUCGAUAUUUGAGAUGAGAUAUCUUCUGGCCAUAUGGAAAGCAACCCGGCCUUCAAACAGCGGUGAGGGCUGGGAGACAAUGAGGCGUGAGCUCUCCUUUCUCUACAGCCGUUUCUAUGGAAUCCUACUUGGAGGCAUAUUGAUAAUGUAUGAGCUCCACAACUACAUGCGGUGGAUCCUCCUUGUCAUGUACUCAUUUUGGAUUCCGCAGAUAGUUGCAAACGUUGUUCGUGAUUCUAGAAAGCCUCUGCACCCUUAUUAUAUCUUGGGGAUGACGGUUACACGGCUUGCCAUACCGCUGUAUGUAUUUGGAUGCCCCAAGAACUUCAUGCGUGUAGAGACCAGCAAGGCCUGGUGUAUAGGCCUGUGCGCGUUCAUCGGGUUUCAAGCUGCUGUUCUUCUUCUUCAGCAUUAUUUCGGGUCGCGUUGCUUUGUUCCUCGGAAGAUGCUACCUGAGAAAUACAACUACUACAGACGAUUGGAUCAUGAUGUAAACAGAAGCAGGGACUGCGUAAUCUGCAUGGCCACAAUUGAUCUCAGGAGGCGCACUAAUGAUUGCAUGGUAACGCCGUGCGAGCAUUUAUUCCACUCGGGAUGCUUACAGAGAUGGACGGACAUAAAGAUGGAGUGCCCAACAUGUCGUCGCACACUUCCUCCAGCUUAAGACUUAAGAGGAUCAUCUCUGCUUCGGUUUCCCUAGGGAGUCAUCUAUUAACUUCACCACAUUAAUUGCAGGCUUUGGGAAGAGAUUAGAAGAACACAAAACAGGGAUAGAAUCUGUAGAAGACGUAUUUUGUAAGAAUGAAUUGUGUAAUAAUCUCCAGUCCAAUCUCUGUAGUGCAAUAUUCAUUUGGCUCUUUUGGUCAUUCUUUAAGAAAAGUUCUUAGAUUCUUCAA